GUAUAAAUGCAAUACAUUUUAACAAAUUAUUAUUAUUUUACUGCAUUAUAAUUUUUUUACAAAUAAAUUCCAAUAAUGUUUAGAUUAAUUAAUAUUAUGCUUAUCGCAUUAUACCAAUCCUCAGGUAAUACUGAAUGUGUUCCUUUAAAGAUAAAUAAUACUGUUAAGUAUGAUAAAAACUGGUUGAUUUUACUCAAUAAAAUGGAAUUCAGUUCUCCUAGAUUGUCAAUAAAACAAAUCGAAAACAUAUCCAACGAAUCUACAAUAUUAGAAUCCUCAUUAAAAGUUUAUAGUAAUAGAAUUCAAGAACUAAAAUGUAAUUAUGGGAUAAUUGUACAAGUCAUGUUUGAGUAUGUUAGCAAAUUGAUAGAAGUGCAAACAUCUGUUGACAAUCAAAACAUGUCAGUUAUAAGUAAGUUUAAAUAUUAUAUCACCAAAAUGUUUUCAUUGUUAUACGUGGCCAAAAUUAAUGCAUCUUCGUGGAUAUGGGACUUUUAUUUGAUGUUAAACGCUAUAAAAAGGAAAACCUUUACGAAUUUUGCUGAAAAGUUUAACAUGACAAGGGGAUUAAGAAAAUCUAUAGAUAAAUUUUCUAUGUCUUGUAAUGACUUAAAUAUCGUAAAACCUAAUUUAAGUAUAUUUUCAUUAUAUUACCCUGUGGAAAAAAUUAUUGGGGCAAGUUUAUUUAAUGUGAAAUUGUUGAAUGGAAGUGAUGAAUGGACUUAUGUAUAUAAACAUGCAAAACAAUUUGAUAUUUCAAACAUAAUUGUUAUCAAACUUCAACAAGAUCCAAAAAUUAACAAUCCACAGAGUGGUGUCAGUAGAUACAUUAAAAAAGAAUUAGGAUCAGUUUGGAAUACUCCUGUCAGUGACUGGUACGGAAAUAAAAAUAUUGAUAUUUUUAAACAUCAAAAUUUAAUUGCCAACAUUAUUAGGACUUCUAUUUCUUUGUAUGUAUGGAUGCAUUUAAAAAUGUAUCAUAGUUUAUCAUCUUCUAAUAAUGAACAAUUUUUAAAUGAAAUAUGCAAACCAUUAGAAUCAACUGAUUACUUUUUAGGCAACUAUACCACUAAACUAUAUAGACGUUUACUAAAUGAUAUAAAAAUGAAUAGAGUGACUUCGGAAUAUACUGAAAAAAUUAUAGCAGAGGCAAAAUGCAACUUUACAAACUAUUAUUAUUCAUUAAAUUAUUCAACAAAAUUUGAUGACGUCGAAUACUUAGAAAUAACGUCCUUAAAAAAAUUUGAAAAUUUACAAGGAGCUGAAUAUGCUAAUCGUUUAAAAAAUUAUAUUGUAGACUUAAAAGAAAAAUUAGGUACUUUUAUUUUCGCAUUGUUCCAUUUUGUAAAAUCAAGUAGAAAUGAUAAUUGGAGUAAUUUUUAAAAAAUUAAAUAAAAAUAAUAUGUAUAAAUCAGUUAUAUAUUAAAAAUGUUAAU